AUGGCUUCGAAAUCCGGACUCGAUACUCCCGUCCCUGGCUCAGAUUCAGUCGAGGAAGUUAACAAGUCUCCAGCGAAAGUCCAAGAACUCAACAAGGCGGGUUUAGAUGAUGAAGAGGCUCGUAGGGAGUUUCUCUCGCGCUUCACUGCUGAGGAUGACCACAGGAUCAUGAGAAAAGUCGAUUGGAGGUUUUUGCCUCUGAUAGGUUUCAUGUAUCUCGUCAAACAGAUCGAUUUCUCCAACGCUGCUUCUAUCAAGGUCCUGCAGCCAGGCGAAUCAAGAAAUGUGUUGACUGAGUUAAACAUGUCCGCAGACCAGUAUAACUGGGUACAAACUGUCUACUACAUCGCCUACGUCCUUUUCGAAAUUCCAAGCACAUUGGUGCUCAAAAAGGCCACGCCUAGAAAGUGGCAAAGUCGAAUCUUCCUCACCUGGGGCAUCGUGGUCGCCUGCCACGCGGCUAUCCAAAACGCGGGCGGCUUCUAUGCUCUCCGUUUCCUUUUGGGUGCGAUGGAAGCUGGAUUCUUCCCUUGUUUGGCAGCACAGAUGUGCAGUUGGUACCGAAGCGACGAAUAUGGAAGACCUAUCAUGUGGAUGUUUGGAUUUCAAAACUUUUCGGGCAUCAUCGGAAGCUUGUUAACGUACGGUAUCUCUUACAUGAACGGUGUUGGAGGUUUGAGUGCUUGGAGAUGGGUUUUCCUUUUAGAAGGACUCACGACAAUACUGUUCGCCGGAGUCAUCUACUAUGUCCUGCCAGAUUAUCCUAAAUCUCCCAGGCCAAGCCGCUGGCUCACUCCGGACGAGCAACAAUAUCUCGAAUAUCGUCUAACGGAAAAUGCCCCAAAGACUGACGAUGCCGUUUUUGACAAAUCCGAAAUCAUUGCGUCUCUCAAAGAUCCUAAGCUCAUUGGAUUUACAUUAUCUCAAUUCUUCCUAAACAUUGCUGGCUACGGAUUAAGUUGGCAGUUGCCAACAAUCACCACCUCCCUUGGCUUCGCUGGUCUGCCCCGGAACCAACUUCUAAAUAUCCCGCCUGCUGCUGCAACUGUCAUCGGAAUCAUACUGGCUGCGUGGUUUUUGCGACGGGCAUACGUCGCCCGACCUAUUUUCAUUCACGCCCUCAGCGCUGGUAUCCUUGCCUUUUUCAUCGUCCUCUGCGUUCCUGUAAGUAACGGCGCCGUCUAUGCUGCAGUUGUCCUCGGAAACGCAUUUUACUUCGUCUUCUUUGUGCCCUUCUGGGCUUGGAGAUCCGCCACGCUUGUCGGGACUACGGGGACAGCAUUUACAUUGGCUUUGCAGACAUCAGUUGCUCAGGUUGGCGGUGUCAUUGCACCUCAGCUGUUCCAGUCCAAGUACGCAUACAAUGGCUACAAAACAUCAUUCAUCAUUUGCACAGUCUCUGUAGCUAUAGCCAUCCUAUCCAAUAUCUGGCUCACAUACUUGACUUGGACGGUGGAGCAAGAUACCAAGAAUGUGAGAAGAGAACGCAUCCGUGCUGAGCGGGAGGGCAAAGUAUAUACAGGUGAAGAUGUCAAACUUCGUCAUUAA